AUGUCAUCCAGAGCAUUGCGGAGAUUAGAGAAGCAGAAGCUUGAGGACGAGUUGGCCAACUUGACGAUGCAGGAGAAAGGCCAGCCGAAUCACUCUAACGAAGACGAAUCAUCAGAGGAGGAACAAAUCCAACCUCAUAAGGUAAAUGCGUUUGCAUUUUUGAAGGAAGAGGAAGACGAAUAUGAAUCACUUGAUGAAGAGGAAAAAAUUGGGUCCGAAAAUGAAGCUGGUAAUGCCAAUCCUGAUGCUGUCGAGGAGACACCUGGAGCGGUCAACUCGAGCGACGAAGAUACGUUCUACGAUGCGAAAGAGGACAUUUCCGCAACCGAAUCAGCAAAGAAGAAGAAAAGGAACAAAAAGAAGAAGAGCCGAGCUCGCAAGAAGGCCGCGGCCGUUAUUAGCGGAGAUACAUUCUCCACGGGUAAGGCUAGUCAGGCUAAAGGUCUUGACCAAUUGGAGGAUGUGGAAGAUGAAGAAUUCUCCGAGACCCUGGGCCAUUACUACGAGAAUUCACACAGAUUAACAUCCAAAGCUUUUAUUGAAGCCGUUUCAUUGCUACAGUUUGAUCCCAAGUUCCUGGAUCCAGAUAGAGAGUUCAGGAACCUGUUCGGCAAACUGCCUGAGGAGAUCAUCGAUGAUGUGGAUUCUACUUUGUCAGGAUCUGUAAGUCCCGAAGUUUUGGCCCAAAUUAGGAGAAUGGCAAAAAUGGUUCGCGGAUGGGGUGGAAAGGACAGAAGGUCGAUACCAGGAACCAUGAGGAAGUUAGUGCUGACGAAGAUUCGUGAUGAUUGGAUACCUACUACGAAGAAAGACUUCCUGAUGAUGGAGCUGAAUAUUCAGAAAGUCCAACAAAUAGCAAUGGCAAGAGAUGCUUCAGAAUGGCCAGUUGCUAUCAAAGCUGAAUUGGAAGCUGAAGCAGCUGCUGGAAUACAGUAUUUCGCAUUUGAGGGAAAGACUCAGUUUGAUACAGAGUUCUUCAUUACGGUUGCUAUCCAGCCAGAUCACGAGGCUCUCAUCAACUUGCUACAGAGAUCUCCAUAUCACAUAGAAACAUUACUCCAGGUUGCCAUGAUUCUCUACAGACAGGGACAAAAGAUACAGAGCAGUGCUCUCGUUGAGCGUGGGCUUUUUGUAUUUGACAGGUCCUUCAAGCAGAGCUUUGCGGUAGGAUCGGGUCUCUGUCGCUUGCCAUUUGAGUACUUUCUCAAUCGUCAGUUCUACUUGUGUAUUUUUAGAUACAUUCAAGUUCUCACGCAGAAGUCUACAUUUUUCACUGCGUUGAACUACUGCAAGCUGCUACUCAGUUUUUCACCAGAAGACGAUCCAUAUGGGGUGAGACACUUCAUUGACUUUUAUGCUGUUCUCGCGGGCCAAUACCAAUAUUUGAUUGAUUUUGUGAACUCGCCCUUCUGCCAGGCUAAUUCUGACUGGUUUGUUCCCUCUUUGGCUUACUCGGUUGCACUUGCGCAUUUAAAGCUGGGUGAGAGUGAAAAGGCUAGACAGGCUUUGACCCUGGCAUACCUGCGAUACCCAUACAUGGCACACAUGAUUCUUGAAAAGGUUGGUUUGGCUGCUGGAAUUCCAGCUUAUAAAGGUGAUGUUUCCAGUCACACUUCUGUUGCCACUGCUGCCUAUCUGGUGCGUGCUCAUUUAAUUUGGGACGAUGCGGCCUCAAAACAGUUUCUUCACGACGAACUCAUGAAACUCAUUACCACUAUCAAGAAGUCCGCUUCAGACUCCAAAGACCAGCCAAUACCUGAUAAUUUGAUCAGAUAUGUCAUACUUUCUGGAGAGGAUUCCGUAAUGGCAAAAAUUCCGAGACAAUUCUUCGACGGGGACGUUUUUGAAUUUGACGUUCUUCCUCCCACCACUGAGGAAUCGGAGACUAUCUACUCUUUCAUUGACCAAUCUCAAAUAAUGCUAUAA